CACCGAACCAAUGGCCCAACAAGCAACCAAGGCCAGUGGCGGAGCCAGCCGGACCUUCAGCGGCCGCUCGGCCGUUGUGGCCACCAGCUCCACCCGGACCACCGCUGCCCGCUCGUCGUCCGCCACCCGCUCCAGCGGGAGCGGCAUCAGCAGCGGGAUGUCGGCCUGCGCCGGCUACGGCGGCAUGGGAGGGGGCUUCGGCAGCCGGAGCCUCUACAGCCUGGGUGGCAACAAGAAGAUCUCCAUCAGCGUAGCCGGGGGCAGCAUGUCCGGGGGCGGUUCCCGGGCCGGUGGCUUCGGGGGCGGCCGUGGUGGUGGCCGGGGCCUGGGCGGAGGCUUCGGCGGUGGAUUCGGCGGUGGGGCCGGCGGAUUUGGCGGGGGAGCUGGCGGAUUCGGUGGCGGCGCUGGGGGCUUCGGCGGACCCGGAGGUUUCGGCGGACCCGGUGGCUUCGGCGGACCCGGAGGUUUCGGGGGUCCCGGUGGCCCCGGGGGCCAUCCCGCCGGCAUCCAGGAGGUGACCGUCAACCAGAGCCUUCUGCAGCCGCUCAAAGUGGAGAUCGACCCUCAGUUCAGCAUGGUGAAGACUCAGGAGAAGGAGCAGAUCAAGACACUGAACAACAAGUUCGUCACCUUCAUCGACAAGGUGCGGUUCCUGGAGCAGCAGAACAAGGUGCUGGAGACCAAAUGGGAGCUGCUGCAGCAGCAGGGAGGCCAUUCCAAGACAAGCACCAACAACUUGGAGCCAUUCUUCCAGACCUACAUCAGCAGCCUGCAGUCCCACCUCAGCGGGCUGCUCGGCGACAAGGACCGGCUGAAUGAUGAGCUGAAGAGCAUGCAGGACAUGGUGGAGGACUUCAAGAAGAAGUAUGAAGAUGAGGUGAACAAGCGCACCACCGCUGAGAAUGACUUCGUGGUCCUCAAGAAGGAUGUGGACACUGCUUACAUGACCAAAGUGGAGCUUGAGGCCAAGACGGAGAGCCUGACGGAUGAGAUCAGCUUCCUCAAAGCCCUCUACGAUGCUGAGAUGUCCCACACCCAGCAGAGUGUCAGCGACACAUCGGUGGUUCUGUCCAUGGACAACAAUCGCAGCCUGAACCUGGACAGCAUCAUCGCCGAGGUGAAGGCCCAGUACGAGGAGAUCGCCCAGCGCAGCAAGGCCGAAGCCGAGGCCCUGUACCAGCACAAGCUUGGGGAGCUGGAGAGCACAGCUGGUCGCCACGGAGACGACCUGAAGAACACCAAGAGCGAAAUCUCCGAGCUGAACCGCAUGAUCCAGCGUCUGCGGGCUGAGAUCGAGAACGUCAAGAAGCAGAACACCAACCUGCAGACGGCCAUCGCCGACGCCGAGCAGCGCGGGGAGCUGGCACUCAAGGAUGCCAAUGCCAAGCUGGUGGAGCUCAAGGCCGCCCUGCAGCAGGCUAAGGAGGAUCUGGCCCGGCUAAUGAAGGAUUACCAGGAGCUGAUGAACGUCAAACUGGCCCUGGACGUGGAGAUCGCCACUUACAGGAAGCUGCUGGAAGGAGAGGAGUGCAGGAUGUCUGGAGAAUGCCAGAGCACGUGCAGCAUUGCGAUGGUCAGCAGCGCCUCCAGCAGCAGCAGCGCUUCGGCCGGUGUCCGCGGAGGCAGCAGCGUGGUCUCCGGGGGGCGCGUGGCCGGCAGCAGCACGGUGGUCUCCGGGGGUCGCGUGGGCGGCAGCAGCACGGUGGUCUCCGGGGGUCGCGUGGGCGGCGGCGGCAGCGUCGGGGUCAGCACCGGAGUCAGCUCCAGCGUCAGCACCGGAGUCAGCUCCGGCUCUCGGGUGGGCCAGAGCGUGGUGGUCGGCGGAGUCGCCCCCGUGGGCCCCGCCAGGGUCCCCGCGGUCGGCGUAGCCCCCGUCGCCAGCCGGGUGCCCGCGGUGCCCACCGCGGUCCCCGUGGUGCCCUCUGUGCCCGCCCCUCGGAUCGUCCAGACCACCACCACCAGCCAGAGGUCCACCACCCAGUUUUAACCCCCCAACCGCUGACGGCUCCCCUCCGGCCUCCGCCCCUCGCACCAUCCAUCCCGGUCAGCGGCAUCUCUGACCUCCCGCCCCUGCCCUCGACGCCUCGCAGCUCCAGGCAAACAGCUCCGUCUCCGCGAUCUUCUCCUUCUCUCUGCUCUGCCCCCUGGAAGAGCCUCCGGGAAUUAGUAGUGUGCACUAAUGAAUGCACUUAUUAGACGUCAUCGGGGGACGGAUUCAUCUCUACAGCUGGGAAAUUCCCCCUGGGGGGUUAGCCCCACCCUGCCCUUGACCUAGGGUCUCUGACCCGGUUCAGAGCGGGUGCCGCCCCUCACCCCAGCGAGAAGACGACCGGACACUUCCGAGUCCUGUCCGGUCCGGUGCUGGCUCCCCCAAGGCUCAGUGGAGAGAUGGGGCUCCAGCGAUGCCCACCGACCCGCCCUGGCAACUAGUGCCCGGUACAAGCAACUUUGUACCUUUGUAUAUAACAUGACAUGCCGUUGCCUUCUUUGGUCUCUGGGUAUCUCCCUCUAAUAAAACUGCACUGCGUUUCACUGCA